AGGACUGGAGGGGGAAAUGAGAGGGCUACUGAAGCUUUGCUUAGGGAAUAAGCAGUAGACUAGACUGGGACCAACUUCAAGGACACAGCGAGUCCAAAGGGCUGUUUACACGCUGUGCCCUGCGCCCCUGACAAGACCUGUCCGAGGGAACGGAGCCAAGGGCCAAGGCUCAAACUCCACCCGAUGUCAGGGGCGUGGAAGUAGCGCUCUAUACUUCCCCAUCCCUCGCCCCCAUUCUGCAUCCCCUCUGGCUCUGGGAGCACAGGUCCAUCAGUCCCACAGACCGAGGGGGUGCUCGCUCUCCCGGCCAGUGCUCGGGCCAGCUUUGUACGAGGUCUCCUAGGGGAAAGAGGCAAACCCCAGCUCAUAACGCUCUUUACCAAGGCGAGGUCUUCAACCCCUUUCUCGGGCGAGUUCGCGCUACAUUCCCACGCUCCUCAGCCACAACCGGAUCGCGAACUUCCUACACACAUUCCCUCCCGGAUUCCUCCUUCUCCCACUAUCCCCGUCCCUCCUUUAGCAAGAUGGCGGCGAGCGCACUUCCGGUGAGUGUCCUUAAGGGUGAGUCCGGGCGGCUGCUGCAGGUGCCACCCAGCGGGUUCCAGCUUCUUUGCAGGUAUAGGCUACAGCGGUGAUGGCGGGCAGACAGUCCGGCUGGAGCUGGGCGACUCUUCUCCAGCUUCUUCUUGGCGUAAACCUUAUCGUCAUGCCGCCGGCCCAGGCCCGGAGUCUGCGCUUCGUUACCUUGGUAUACCGACAUGGAGACCGGUCACCAGUGAAUACAUAUCCCAAGGAUCCCUAUCAGGAAGAGAAAUGGCCCCAGGGGUUUGGUCAGCUAACCAGGGAGGGGAUGCUACAGCACUGGGAGCUGGGUCAGGCUCUGCGGCAGCGCUACCAUGGCUUUCUAAACACCUCUUACCAACGGCAAGAGGUUUACGUGCGAAGCACAGACUUUGACCGCACCCUCAUGAGCGCCGAGGCCAACCUGGCUGGACUCUUCCCUCCCGACGGGAUGCAGCGCUUCAACCCAAACAUCUCAUGGCAGCCUGUCCCCGUCCACACGGUGCCCAUCACUGAGGACAGGCUGCUGAAGUUCCCACUGGGCCCGUGUCCUCGUUAUGAGCAGCUGCAGAACGAGACCCGGCAGACCCCAGAGUAUCAGAAUGAGAGUAUUCAGAAUGCACAAUUUCUGGAGAUGGUGGCCAAUGAGACGGGGCUUACGGACCUAACGCUGGAGACUGUCUGGAAUGUCUACGACACACUCUUCUGUGAGCAAACACACGGGCUGGUCCUGCCGCCGUGGGCCUCACCCCAAACCAUGCAGCGCCUGCGCGGGCUAAAGGACUUCAGCUUCCGCUUCCUCUUCGGGAUCUACCAGCAGGCAGAGAAGGCCCGGCUUCAGGGGGGAGUCCUGCUGGCUCAGAUACGGAAGAACCUGACACUAAUGGCAACUGCCUCCCAACUCCCUAAGCUGCUGGUUUACUCUGCGCAUGAUACCACACUAGUCGCUCUGCAAAUGGCAUUGGACGUUUACAAUGGGGAACAGGCCCCUUACGCCUCCUGCCACUUAUUUGAACUGUAUCAGGAAGAUAAUGGGAAUUUCUCAGUGGAAAUGUACUUCCGGAAUGAGAGUCACAAGGCCCCCUGGCCGCUGAUCCUGCCUGGCUGCCCUCACCACUGCCCCUUGCAGGACUUCCUUCGCCUCACAGAGCCUGUUGUGCCCAAGGACUGGCAGCAGGAGUGCCAGCCGACAAGUGGUCCUGCAGGUACAGAUGUGAUCGUGGCCUUGGCUGUAUGUGGUUCCAUCCUCUUCCUUCUGAUCGUGCUGAUCCUCACCAUCCUCUUCCGGAUGCAGGCCCAGCCUCCUGGCUACCGCCACAUCGCAGAUGGAGAGGACCAUGCCUGACAACCACUCAGCCCCCUUCCCUCUGCCUCCUGGGGGAGGUAGGCUGGGCCCUUGCUCCUGACUGUUGCUGCUCCCCAGCCCUGGGUUGGGCCUCCCUCUGAUCAUUUCAGCCCAGACCAACGAGUGGGGCUCGGCUUGGCCCUGGCACCUGUUAAUCAGCAUUCAUGUGCCUGAUGUUUACCAAGUACUGUGUUGGACAUUGGCUUUCCCCAAAUAGGAUUUGCCUCCUCCAUGCUCCACGAGGGCCUGAGAUGCAGACAAGUAUUCAGGUUACACUCAGGACCUGGGAUGAAAAAAAACCCACAAAAACCAAAAACUGAAGGAACUGGUGCCUGGUCUGCCUUGCCUUUCCAUCAAGCCCUGCUCUCUCUCUGCCAGCCCAGUGUCUUUGGCAAAUGGCUCAGAGGACGCAGUUUCGCCUUCAGUGAUUAUUUUAGUUGAAAAAAUUGCACAACACUGGUAGCUCAACAUUGCUACCAAGGAACCGGAUCCACCUAACAGCCAGCUAGCCAAAUUUUUCUUGUCUGGCAGAACAUCGUUACUCCAGACAUAAUGCUUCAUAAUGCUUUCAGGAAUCUCUGUCACCCCCUUCAGCUAGAGCAGAUCUGAGGGUAUUUGUACCUGUGGAGGAGUGGAGGGAGGUGGGGUGAGAUGGAGUUGGUCCUAUAGGUCCUGAAAUUACUAUCCCUCCUGGUGGGCUGGGAUCUCCAGGGACCCUGAGGUAAUGCAGGUCAUGAGCAGGACAGCUCUUGACUAGAGCCAGAUAGGGGCCAAGGCAGCUUCCAGAGAAUGAAAGUUUUGGACUUUUUA